UGAAGAUAGCUCGAGCAGAUUUCACUAAAGGCAUAAGGUAAGCUACACACAAUAUCAAUGUAAGAUAGCGUUCACACUGCUCAUGUUAUAUUAUUUACGACCUAAACUACUCUACUACUUCAAACAAUUAUAUAUGUAUAUAUACCUCUCUAAGCAAUAAGAUUUUGUAUCUUAUGUAAACACGUCAAGAAACGGGGGCUCGCGCGGACCGCGAGCACUUUACUAGUGAGUCGUGAAGAGCCCAGAACGUUCUAUUGUGACCUGCUUCCUGCGAGCGCGGGCCGAACACGUCAGACGAAAGAAUGAACAGAACCUGGGCCAACACGUCAGUCCGAAGAACGAACAGUAUCUCUGGCAACUCCUAGAACGUUCACGGCCACACCGCCACACCCACACCACACAGCAGUGCAGCACGGCGCCCCGCCCCUCGUACUCGGUGAGAUAUAUCCCCGCCUUCCCUCGCGAAAGCUCUCGUAGAGACGACGACGACGACGACGACGACGACGACGCGAGAAGUCGAGGCGCCGCUGCUUGCUAGGACCGAGCUUCAGGAAGUCUCCAACGGCCCCGGCGCCGGCACGGCCUGCCCCGCGCCGCCACAGGGAUUGAUUGUGAUCAGAUCUAUUCUGUAGUGGUCAGCGGCUGAGGGUGAACCGAAGAUGAGCGUUGUGGGAUUCGAUCUCGGCAAUGAGAGCUGCAUUGUGGCAGUCGCGCGGCAGCGCGGCAUCGACGUGGUCCUCAACGAUGAGUCCAAACGCGAGACACCCGCCAUCGUCUGCUUCGGGGACAAGCAGCGGUUCAUCGGUACGGCGGGCGCCGCGUCCUCAACCAUGAACCCCAAAAACUCCAUUUCUCAGAUCAAGCGCCUGCUCGGCCGCAAGUUCUCCGACCCCGAGCUCCAGAGUGAUCUCGCGUCCUUCCCGUUCCGUGUCACGGAGGGCCCCGAUGGAUUUCCCUUGGUACAUGUGCGGUUCCUGGGCGAGGAGCGGACGUUUACCCCCACCCAGCUGCUUGCCAUGGUGCUGUCCAAUCUGAAGGGCAUUGCUGAGGGGAACCUUAAGACUGCGGUUGUUGAUUGCUGCAUUGGCAUCCCUGUGUACUUCAGUGAUUUGCAGCGCAGGGCUGUUCUUGAUGCUGCUACUAUUGCAGGCCUCACGCCGUUGCAGCUAUUUCAUGAGACAACUGCCACGGCAUUGGCUUAUGGCAUUUAUAAGACUGACCUCCCGGAGCAUGACCAGCUAAACGUUGCAUUUGUUGAUGUCGGCCAUGCUAGCUUGCAGGUCAGCAUUGUCGGUUACAAGAAGGGACAGCUCAAGAUGCUUUCGCAUGCAUAUGACCGUUCUCUUGGUGGGAGGGACUUCGAUGAGGCCCUCUUCAAGCACUUCGCGGCGAAGUUCAAAGAAGAAUAUAAGAUUGAUGUUUACCAGAAUGCCCGUGCAUGCCUUAGGUUGCGUGUGGCGUGUGAGAAGCUUAAGAAGAUGCUGAGCGCCAACCCAGAGGCCCCACUGAACAUUGAGUGCUUGAUGGAUGAGAAAGAUGUGAGAGGGUUUAUUAAGAGAGAGGAGUUUGAACACAUCAGUGCACCUGUGCUGGUACGUGUCAAAGGACCCUUGGAGAAGGCCUUGGCUGAAGCUGGCUUGACAACUGAAAAUGUGCACUUUGUUGAGGUUGUCGGAUCUGGUUCUCGUGUUCCAGCCAUAAUCAAGAUAAUCACUGAUUUUUUUGGGAAGGAGCCGAGACGAACCAUGAAUGCAAGCGAGUGUGUUGCGCGGGGCUGUGCUCUCCAGUGUGCUAUUCUCAGCCCCACUUUCAAAGUGCGGGAAUUCCAGGUUAAUGAUGGGUUUCCUUUCUCAAUUGCAUUGUCAUGGAAACAAGACUCGCAGAACAGUGCACCCCAACAGACCCUUGUAUUUCCAAAGGGGAAUGUAAUUCCCAGCAUUAAAGCUCUAACCUUCUAUAAAUCCAGUACAUUUGAAGUUGAUGUUUUGUAUGUGGACACAUGCGACUCGCAAAUUCCACAGAAGAUAAGCACUUACACAAUUGGACCUUUCCAACCCUCCAAAGGUGAGAGGGCCAAACUGAAAGUUAAAGUGCGUCUCAACAUCCACGGGAUUGUCACAGUUGAUUCAGCUAUGAUGCUGGAGGAGGAUGUGGCAGUUCCAGUCUCAUCUGCUAAUGAAGCUCCAAAGGAUACUACAAAGAUGGACACAGAUGAUGCACCAAGUGAUCCUGUCUCUGGAACUGAUGUGAAUGUGCAUGAGCCUGAUACUACUGAGGCUGCUCCUGCAGCUGAAAAUGGAACACAAAAUCCCGAGGAAAAAUCUGUUCCAAUGGAAACUGAUGCAAAGGUUGAGCCAUCAAAAAGGAAAGUUAAGAGAACUUCUGUUCCGGUCCAUGCGUUGGUCUAUGGUGCCUUGGCUGCAGCUGACCUGCAGAAGGCUGUAGAGAAAGAGUAUGAGAUGGCUCUUCAGGACAGAGUAAUGGAAGAAACCAAAGAGAAGAAAAAUGCUGUGGAAGCUUAUGUCUAUGACAUGCGUAACAAGCUCUACGACAGGUACAACGAUUUUGUGACACCUGAGGAGAAGGAAGGGUUGAUUGGAAAGCUUCAGGAGGUUGAAGAUUGGCUAUAUGAAGAUGGUGAGGAUGAGACAAAGGGAGUCUAUAUUUCUAAACUGGAAGAUCUUAAGAAGGUAUUUCUAUAUGCACUGAAUUACAGCAUUGCUUGGUGCAUGCUUGUGAAUUUAGAUGACACAAGUUUUCUUCAAUUGCAGAUUGGUGACCCAAUUGAGGCACGGUACAAGGAGUCGACAGAAAGGGGUUCCUCUGUAGAUCAACUGGUCUACUGCAUCAACAGUUUCAGAGAGGCUGCUUUGUCCAGUGACCAAAAGUUUGGCCAUAUCGACAUAUCUGAGAAACAGAAGGUCAUCAAUGAGUGCUCUGAAGUAGAGAACUGGUUGAGAGAGAGGAAGCAGCAGCAGGACGCCCUACCUAAGCACACCGAUCCUGUGCUGCUCGUAUCAGAUCUGAAGAAGAAAGCUGAAGCACUUGACAGGUUCUGCAAACCGAUCAUGACUAAACCAAAGCCAGCUCCGAAGCCACAGACUCCGCCACCACAUACUCCACCUCCACAGCCUGAAGCCCAAGCAUCUGACCCUCAAACACCAGAACAACAACAAAGCGGGACUGGUGCAGCUGGUGAGCCGGGUAGUGAGGGAGGUGUGCAGCAGGCCUCCGGUGAGCAAAUGGACAUGGACAGGCCCGAUGAUUCUGCGGAUGUUGCGGCAUAAUUGUGGUUGUGGUUGUCAUCUGUCUUAUGAUCGAUCAAAAUUUUCUGUUUGUCUGGUAGGUGGAUGAGUUAAGGCAACAGCAUAUUCUCCCAAGCGAUUUCGUUUUAGGGUUUGGAACAUUGAGAUUGAGGUAAUGCGUCUUGUCCAGCGUUGUUUUGGUCUGGACUGUGAAUCAGAAUAGAAACGUUGCAUGAUCGAAUUGCGCCAUUAGAUCUCAUAAUCAAAAAACGUGGAUGAUUCGACAAAAGGUAUAUUUAUCUGGAUGUUUCAUGUUAAUUCAUGUCACAUGGAUUCCUUCA